UUGCACUGCUCAGUGACAUUUAUAGAUCUACGCUUUUAGUUUCGAUUUUACUUUUGUUUUGUGCAGUUCAUGCGACGCGUCUACUAAAAGCGCUAUCAAAUAUAGAAUUUGUUGUUUUUUUUACAACUUGGUAAACCAGUAUUCAUUGUAAGAUGAAAUUAUUCGCCUUACUUUCACUGGCAUUGGGUGUGCUGGUGGCCCAAACGGGUGCCGCUAAUCUCGUCUGCUACUAUGACUCGGCCAGCUAUAUACGCGAAGGACUUGGCAAACUGCUCACACCCGACCUUGAGAUUGCCUUACAAUUCUGUACACAUUUGAUUUACGGUUAUGCCGGCAUCAAUCCCAACACCUACCAAGUGCAGAGUCUGCACGAAGACCUCGACGUGUACAAGCAUCAGUAUUCCGAAGUCACCGCGUUGAAGCGUAAAUUUCCCACUUUGAAAGUAUUACUGAGUGUUGGUGGCGAUCAAGAUAUUGAUCCGGAACAUCCGAAUAAGUAUCUCGAACUGUUGGAGGGUGAAAAAGUCAAGCAGACCUCAUUUAUCAACUCGGCCUAUUCGUUGGUGCGUUCGUACGGUUUCGAUGGUUUGGAUUUAUCCUUUCAAUUUCCGAAAAACAAGCCACGUAAAGUGCACUCCGACAUCGGUAUGGUGUGGAAGAAAUUCAAGAAACUCUUCACAGGCGAUUUCAUUGUCGAUGAGAAAGCCGAACAGCAUAAGGAAGAGUUUACGGCAUUUGUGCGUGAUGUGCGUAAUGCUUUGCGUCCCGAUAAUAUGAUGUUAACGCUAACGGUAUUGCCGAAUGUCAAUGCGUCCUGGUACUUCGAUGUGCCGGCACUCGUCGGCAAUUUGGACUUUGUCACUUUGGCCGCUUUCGAUUUCCUUACACCUGCGCGUAAUCCACAAGAGGCCGAUUAUACGGCACCACUUUACGAACUCUACGAUCAAAAUCGCUUGUCACACUACAAUGUUAAUUACCAAGUCGAAUAUUGGCUGUCACAACAGUGUCCGGCGAAUAAGCUUAAUGUCGGCAUUGCUGCCUAUGGACGCGCUUGGAAGUUGACCAAAGAUUCCGGCAUGACUGGCACACCCAUCGUCAAGGACACAGAGGGCCCCGCAGCGGCUGGCAUGCAAAGCCAACAGCCAGGCCUACUCUCUUGGGCGGAAGUGUGCGGCAAACUACCGAAUCCGGCAAAUACCUACCUGAAGGGUGCCGAUGCACCACUACGACGCGUCAACGAUCCCACUAAACGUUACGGCCCAUAUGCUUACCGUCCGGCCGAUGCUAAUGGCGAGCAUGGCAUGUGGGUGAGCUAUGAUGAUCCCGACAGUGCGGCCAAUAAGGCUGCCUAUGUGCACUCGAAGAACUUGGGCGGUAUUGGCUUGUUCGACUUGAGUUACGAUGACUUCCGGGGCCUGUGCACUGGCGAUAAGUACCCGAUUUUGCGUGCUGCCAAGUUUCGUUUGACGUUCGAGAUGAAGGUUUUACUUGUAACAUUAGCAUUUAUAGUGUGUUCUGUGCGUUGGACCACUACUGCUUCCUUGUUGGAACGCAAUUUAGUGUGCUUUUACGAUUCAAAGGGCGUCACACGUUCAGGUUCAGCACAAUUCAGCACUGCUGACUUGGAAAUCGCUUUACAGUUUUGCACACACGUCAUCUACGGCUAUGUAGGCAUCAAACCGGAAACCUUCCAGCUUAUGAGCCUCAAUGAAAACCUCGAUAUACAGCGUCAUCACUUUGCCACCAUCACGGCGCUCAAAGAGAAGUUUCCACAUAUCAAAUUCAUAUUAAGUGUGGGCGGUGAUCGUGAUGCUGGUGGUCAUGAGAAGUAUAUUAAUCUCUUGGAGGCAGGUCGUCAAAAGCAAACCGCAUUCAUAGAAUCCGCGCGUGUUUUUCUGCGCAGCUAUAACUUUGAUGGCAUCGAUUUGGCUUUUCAACUGCCACGCAACAAACCGAGGAAGGUGCACACGGAUGCCGGCGCGGUGUGGAAGAGCUUCAAGAAAUUCUUCACUGGUGACUUCAUAGUCGAUGAAAAGGCGAAUGAACAUAAGGAAGAGUUAACGGACUUGAUUAAGGAUCUCAAGAAUACACUACGCGCCGAUAAUUUACUGUUAUCGCUGACAGUACUGCCGAAUGUGAACUCGAGUUGGUACUUCGAUGCACCGGCCAUAGCCGACAGCUUGGACUUGAUAAAUUUAGCCGCCUUCGAUUUCCUCACACCUGAACGUAAUCCCGAGGAAGCUGAUUUCGCCGCACCACUUUAUGAACUGCACGAUCAAAAUCGUCUGCCACAUUAUAAUGUCAACUUCCAAGUGGAGAAUUGGUUGUUGCAACGUGUGCCCGCCGGCAAGAUCAACGUUGGUAUUCCAACAUUUGGACGCGCUUGGAAGUUGUCUAAGGAUUCCGGUACAACUGGUUUGCCAGUGGUGCCAGCCACCGAGGGUGCAGCACCUGCCGGUCCGAUAACCAAAAUACCAGGACUACUCAACUGGUUGGAAGUAUGUCAGCGCCUACCGAAUCCUUCGAAUGUCAACGCCAAAGGUGCUGAUGCACCGCUACGUCGUAUUAGCGAUCCUACUAAGCGUUAUGGCACUUAUGCUUUCCAUACCGCCGAUGAGGAUGGCGCCAACGGUGUAUGGGUCAGCUAUGAAGAUCCCGAUACCGCAGCCAGCAAAGCUGCGUAUGUGAAGGCCAAGAAUUUGGGCGGUGUCGCGUUGUUCGACAUCACUUUGGACGAUUUCCGUGGUCAAUGCACCGGCGAUAAGUUCCCCAUGUUGCGCGCUAUCAAAUAUAGGUUGCUUUAAGCUUUAGGCGUUUGGCCUGUUACAUAAGGCGUGUAAUGGAAUUGUUGUUUGUAAAACGGUUGUGAAAAUACAUAUUUUGUGGAAGCUAAAGGUAAUGUUCGAGUAGUUGAUUUUAUCUUGUGAUUAUUAUAUUUAAUAACUGUUAAUAUUUUCUUUGUUAUUUGAGUUAAAAUAAAAUGUUUAAUAACUGACCUUUUAA